AUGACACCAAAUUCUGCCCACGCCAUUCUCUCUAUCCUCCAUGAUCAAGCACGGCAGAACAACGAGCCUACAACCAAGACCAUCGCUGAGAGUAUGCACAAUACAAUUGAAGAUCUUUCCACCGAAUUUGCCAAAGAAUCUGCAACAAUCCAGAUCAACCCGCCCAAACGUACAAAUACAUGGGGCGAGCACAAUUCUGUUGUGAUGGCGACGAUGUACGGCAAUCGCAUGACGAACUGCCAGGACGUACGAGAAAUCUACGCCGAAUGCCACGCGGCACAUUCCAAAGAUAACAUAUGCAAGACUGCUGCUAGCUACUUCAGUAUAUGUAUGAUGGGCAGUCGCAUCGAAAAGGAUCAAUCGCGCCUAGUGUCGUAUCAAGAUUCUAGUCAAACUUGACGUGAAACACGUCGAAAAGGUGCUGAAACUCGCUUUUGUUUCUCUCGAGCCGGUACGAACGUAGCUUUACCCUGCUGCUCUUGCGACAAGUCAAUACGGAUAACAAUAUAGCGGGAAACAAAAUGCCUUUCUUUG